UGUGUGUGUGUGUGUGUGUGUCUGUGUGUGUGUGUGUGUCUGUGCGUGUGCGUGUGUGAGGUAGCUUCAGACGGGGGGAAAUCUGGACACCCUCUCUGAAUUGAAUAGGACCCUCUGCAGGCAGGCCGUGCUUUUCUUCCUCUCUCAAUGUGUUUUUUACCAAAUGGAAGCAGAGGUGUUGAACCCCCGGAUGAUGGCAGACGUCAAUGGCAACAAUAAAAUCACCAACGCCGAGCUGGAGGUGAUAAAGCUCCAGGAAUUAGUUCGAAAAUUGGAGAAGCAAAACGAACAAUUGCGGACUAGAGCGAACGCUGUAAACAAUUGCUCAAUCGGCCCUCAUCUCCAGACCUCGUUGUCGUGUCUGUACGGGGGAACAGCGUGUCCGAGUGACAAUGUCUCCAGUAAAUAUGGCAUUUCAAGUCCGACACAGAUGCAUCCGUGUGCCCCCGCACCCCAAUGUUUACCGGAGGAGCCGUUCGCGUAUUUUCAGCCGAGCUCGGUGUCUCCUGACGCGGCUGGGGAGGACAGCGUCGCUGCUGGAGCCACCACUGUUUUGGAUGAGGUUGAUUUUUUGGACAUCAACACCGUGCUCCCAUUUGGAAAGCCUGAUAGCUGGCUGUAUGUGAGUCCCAAAGCCAAUCUGCAGGUUGAGAGUGUCCUCAGCCCUCUAAAGUGGUGCAGGCAGGUACUGGACCACCCAGGGCCCGAGGUGGAACUGGCUAAGAUGACCCUCUGUCACAGACUGGACCAAGCUAAGCGAUGGCGAGGAGUCCGGCCAUACAGCUGUAUAGAGGGGCUCUCCACCCUCAGUUGCCCCGUCCUGCCUUACACUAAACCUGCUGCACUAACCGAGUCCCCAGCUCCAUUGCCAUCAUCUGCUCAGUCUUUUCUCCAGCCGACUCUCCCAGCCAGAGCCAGCUGCAGCCGCAGUGACCGAACGGCCACCUUCCUAUCAAACACUGCUCUCCACAACAUGGGUCGCCGACAUGCAGCAAUCAGCCCCCAGUCUUCCGUGGACAGUGAGGUUGGUGUCUCAGAGCUGGAAGAUGACUCAAUCUCUAUGGGCUACAAACUGCAGGACAUGACAGACGUGGAGGUCAUGGCACGACUUCAGGAGGAGAGUCUCCGACAGGACUACGCCUCUACCUCACACACCGCCACAGCCAGCCGUCGCAGCUCCAGCUUCUCCUUGCACUCCCUCAGGCGCAGUGAGAUGGAUCUGGAGGAGGAGGAUGAGGAUGAGGAUGAGGACGAGGGGUACGACCAGCUCCCACCUCCCCAGCCUCGACUGUUCCGCACAGGGUCUAUGCAGCGGGGCGGCCUGCCCCAUUCUCAUACCUUUUCCAGUAUCAGAGAGUGCAGGCGCAGCUCAAUCACACCUCAGUUUUCACUCAGUGGACUCUCCCAGUACUCUGGAACCUCCAGCCUGACCUCAGAAGCCCACACACUAUACAGGAAUAGCACAGACAAGCUACGGAGAAGCAUGCCCAACCUAAUCCGAGCUCCCAGCAUGCCCAGUGUUCCCAGCAUUCCAUGCCUGGCUUCCCCUGUCAACCCACCCUCCCAUGGUCCCUCCUCUUUACCAACAAUAUCCUCCCUCCGGAGCAGCCAGAGCUUUGACUCCUCCAGUGGGCUUGCACGACUUCAGUCCGCCAUUCCCUCCCCAGGCCAGCUCACUCAGCGAGUCCAGAGCGUGGGAAACUUCCCUACCACUCCCCGGCACCCACUAAAAGCCACAGCCUACGUUAGCCCCACAGUGCAACAGGGCCCCACCUCCAGCUCCCUGUCCACUUCCAUUAGUCUACAGUCCAUCCCCAGCAGUGCCGCACUGCCUCAGUCCCUCAAACCGAGCAGCAGUUUGGUACCGCAGCCCCUAAAAGCCAUCGCCAACCAAACGGCUGUCACUCGCAGCUCCCUGCCUCGCCCAGCCUCCUUUGUAGGAACAAGUGGAGUUCAACGUGCAAGCAAAAUCGCCCAACCUACACGCAGUUUGCUGACUCCACCAAAGAGUGUGGCUGCCCUGAGUGCCCUGAGGGAUGGCAGCUGGAAAGAUGGCUGCUACUGAACCCAAAUGAAGUUCAAGAGGUUCACAGGGUAAGGCUGCAUGGGACCCAACUGACUUAAAUGUUGCUGUCAGGAGGGCCCAGUCUUGGGCUGUGACCCAAGAGAGAGCGACUGUUAAUAUUUCUAAAGUGCACUACUCUUCACUAAAGAACAAAGUAGAGACUGAGAACAGUAUGGGUCCAGCAGGCUGGAUCUUCACAUUACUACCUGCUAAAACACAGACUGACACACUAUGAAACAUCCUGGCAAUAUUCCGAUAAUCAGUUGUUAAAUGUGAACUGGAUCUUCUUUGAUAUGUGUUUUUUUUUUAAAUUUUAUUUGUCAUUGUAGAUAGUUAAGGCUUUCAUUUGAUAGAAUGAAAAUGUCUCUCCAGUUGAAAGCUUAGGAAAAGAAAUAGUCCACGCUUUUGCAUAUGCUUUUAAUGAUUUGACUAAUUUAGCAAUUACUGAUUUUUGUCAGACUUCAGUGUCAGAUAUGAAGUUGAACCUGGAAUUUUACAUCCUGUGCCUGUUAAAAAGUGUAAUCCAUGUUAUAUUUAUUGGCUGGACCUUGUAGCACUUUUACUAUCAGAAUUAUGAUUAACGUAAAAGUAAAGUAAAUUAUUUGCUUUGUUUCUUAAGUAAAGUAUGACAUUUGUUAAAGUAAGAGCACACGACUACCUUUUAUUUUCCUUAUUGUUUAGAUAAGCGCUGAAAUUUGUAAUGUUCUUUGAUAAACAUAAUCGCUGCAAUGAUAUUGCACAAAGAGCCCUAAUGCUUUUUAUGGAUGACCAGACUUAAAAAAGGAGGUGAAUUUUUAAAGUGAAUAAAAGCCUUUCAAAAUA